AUGGGACAAUCACCCUACUUAUUCAAAGAAAAUAUGAAUUUUUACAAAUCAAACAUCCAGGAAGUAAAUAUUGCAGAUAUGUUGCCCUUCUUGACCAGUGGAAAAGUAAAGAGCAGCAUCCAUCAGGUAAAAAUUGAUCCGGAAAUGAGGAAAGGGCAAAUGAUUGCUUAUUCUGCAAUUCCUGACUUGGAUUACCCUAUAACCCAAAUGUCCGAUGAACAGGAUGGAAAAAGUGUAGAGACAACAACUGUCCGUAAAUAUAAAUAA